CUUGCUUGGCCUUGACCAUGUCUCUCAUGAACUCUCCCGUCAUCUCGCUCACCCAACAAAGAUCCACUACGUCACUGCAUACUGUGGCUGGAAUGCUUACCAGUGCUUUGUCAGCCUCCUCUUCCUCUAUCCUUCUUGCCGAGGGGGACGAGGAGGUCGUGAAAGCCGAAGGACUGCGACACACCGAAAUCAGACUGGAUGCCAGACAUUACAAACAGCCAACAUUCGCCACCAAGGUCCUGAACUGUCUGCGAUCGCUCAAGGUUCCGACCUGGACUGCCGCUGACAUCUCAGCUGACGAUGUAUCCAUCUUCAAAGUGUCGGGGUCUCUGACGAAUGCCGUGUUCUUUGUGUCUUCCACACGCGCCGGAUGCCGCACCGUGCUGCUUAGGAUUUAUGGGGCAUCUUCAGGGUCUUUGAUCUCCCGCCCGCGCGAACUUCACACGUUGCACAUGUUAUCAUCGCGAUACCGUUUUGGACCUCGCGUGUAUGGGACCUUUUCUAAUGGCCGUGUAGAAGAGUACUUCGAGUCCACCACCUUAACUGCGGCAGACCUCCGAGAUCCCAAGAUCAGUCGUUGGAUCGGAGCUCGGAUGGCGGAUCUCCACUCUGUCGACAUCGAAGCCAUCGAAGGCAAGGGAUGGGAGAUUGCAGUCAAGGCUAAUAUCCGCUCCUGGAUCGCCCCUGCUGACGAUGUCCUUGCCCUGGCCGAAUUCCCGGCUGCCCUGCGCAGCGAACUGGACUUUCCUCGAUUCAAGACCGAGUGGGAUCUGUACAUGUCCCGGCUGUCCUCUCUGGAAAACUUGCCCAAAGGCAGCCGGCGUGUCUUUGCGCACAACGAUACACAGUACGGAAACCUGCUGCUCUUGACGGAGGAGAAGAAGAUUCCCGACCAUCGUCAGCUCAUUGUUGUCGACUUCGAAUAUGCAGCACCGAACCCGGCCGCCUAUGAUCUCGCGAAUCACUGGAACGAGUGGAUGUUCAACUACCACAGCGACACACCCCACCUGCCCGAUCUCAGCCGGUACCCGGUGGAAUCGGAGCGCUACAAUCUUUACCGCGCUUACCUCGAGCACAGCGCAGAGGAAUUGUCCGAGUGCGAGAUUUCCGAGCGGCUGCCGUGCCUCGACGAGCAGGUCCAGCUGUGGAACGCAGCGUCUCACGCGUGGUGGGCUGUCUGGGGCAUCGUGCAGGCCAGAGAGGACGUCGAGGGACAGAUCGUCGAGCCUGAGUUCGAGUAUCUUAAGUACGCGCAGGCCAGGAUGACUGCUUUCCGGGUUGCGCUCAAGACGCUAGGCCUGUGACUUAAUUUUGGGUUGUAGAGGAUGGAAGACUACUACGCAUACUGAUUGUAUUAUGCUGAUCUUACAGGAUCUGUAGUUGUAGCCCUACUUUUUUAUUUAGUGGUUUACUGGACAGGAUAAGAAUAAACUGGCGACGCGAGAUUGAUUGAGAAAUAAAAACAUGUAUGCGAGUGGACGAUGUUUGCAUGCGAGAGAUAAGAGCCCGGAAAGCAAGCAGAGCUAGAAGAAUGUCCGAACCAGGCGGCAGUCGUAAUCAAGAAGACAGGUCAGAAUCAGUUCGAGGCAGCGGUGGUGAAUCUCCGCUUCAGCUUGAGCAGCAGCGGCAGCUGAUCAAGCCCAGGCGGCCUUCUCAUGCAGCCGCGACGAUCCCACGGCAAGCUCAGUCGUUGACCACGGCGAAGACCCCACUUCUGUCGACGGGCUGGACUGACCAAAGCCGAGGUGGGAGCUCCGCGAGAAGCUGCCCCAGUUCCCAGCGGAACCUGCUCUGACAUGUCCAUUGACCCGGCCGCCAGAGCUCGACGGGGGAGUUCCUGGGCGUACGGCAGUAUUAGAUCCAGUGGCCGCCUUGGAUCGCUAAAUCAAUUCUCUUGUCAGACCGUAGUCACAAAAUAGAACAGCCCCUCAAUCACCUGGUUGAAGCCAACAAUCUCUAUCCUGGCAUUGUUGUGCCGGCCCAGAUCCGGUCCCGCAGUCACGGGCACAGGCGACUUCGAACCGAUGCGCUCCGGUGCAUGGAUCAGGACCCCGUUGCUCGCAAACGUCGGAUAGGCGGACUUGUUUUGCUUUAGCGAUGAGCCGUCCACCGACGUGUCGACCCUGAGAGAUCCUGUCGCCGGCCGAGAGAACGCGAAUGCCGUAGUAGGGGUUGCUUCUGUCGGUGUCGGAGUGGCCAUCUGUGCUACCGGUUCUCGCUUGAUUCGUGUCAGGAUCGAGACAGAGCCCUCAUUCGGAUCACUGUUCGUGCUCAUGGAUCGUGCUCGUCCGUCAGAAGCGUGUGGCGGAGGGGGCACUGAUUCGCCAGAAGGCGGAAGCUCCGUGUGAAUGAAACAACACCGUUUCCCGUAGGGGCACGACCCCGAAACCCAGAAGGUCUGAAUGGACAUCAGAUCGGUGAGAGAAGGGCAGAGCAAAUAAACAAACCCUGCAGAUCUCCGUCUUGUACUAGAAUAGACAAGUCAACACAAGCCCACAAUAUCCGAGGACGGACCCACCUUGGGAUGACGCUGAACAUUUCGCAACUCUUCCUCCCCAUGAGCAAACUGGCAUUUGCCCGCGUAACGGCAAGAACCCUUUUCUUCCCAGCUGCGGCACAGCUCAGUCUUGACUCAGGCUUCCAUCCGUGGGGAUGCCCAUCGAGGGCGGCAUGCCAUACGGCCCAGUGUAUUGCGCCUGGAGACGAGCCAUCGCUUGGGCCGUCACAACAUCCGGACGCCCGUAGGCCUCUGGCGCAGCAUAGAACUGGUUGUACAUUGGCAUCCCAGCCGGAGGCGGCAUCCCUCCCGGGAACAUAUUCGCAUUGAACGCCUGCAUGUUGCUGUUCAGCAAAGCCAGCGCCGCCGCAUCCCGGAGCGCAGACGGGUCCGACGUCGAGUGGUGGUGUCUGCCCUGGAAAACGUUGUGCUGCUGCUGGACACGGGAGACAGCCGGAUGGUGUGAUUCGUGUCCAGGGAGCAUCAUCUCGUACAGCUGCUGCGAGCUGCCGAGUGACAUGUGCGGGCCGUGGGUGCCGGGGGGAUACGCCAUCGCAGUCGGGCUUGGAACGAGCCCGGGUUGUGGGAACCCUCGAGGUGCCUGGCGAUAAGCCAUGCCUGGCACACCGCUGUUCGGACGUCCGGGCAUGAACCCUGGGGAUCCCGGGGAGAAAUUGCGUUGCUGUGACUGCAUGUUGUAGUCAAUUUGAAGGUCCUCGCGACUAGGCGCAUUCUGCAAGGCUCCGGUUCGGUAGUCGUAUAGCUGAGCGGGUCCCAAGGGGGGAGGCCGAUGGACAGCUGCACCGUUUCCGGAAAGCGAAGGGUACAGAGGUUGCUGUUCGGGUGCGAACUGCUGUGGCAUCGAGGCCCACUGUUGGGCAGUGCCAUCGACACCCUCCGACGCAUCUUCGACCUGCUGCAACCGACGUAACUCCGCAGUGGACAACCCGCCGCUGAACGAAUGAGGGCGUUCCUUGAGGUCACCGGCGCCAAUGCCGCCGUUCACCGCUUCGGCCUUGAUUGGCGCCACCAUAGUGUUACUCGCGACAGAGUCUUGCGAGCUAGAGACCGUACUGUCGGUCGAGGAGCCGCGCGAAUGCGAAACGCCGAUGUGGUCGGAGGCAAGCGGAGAAGAGUUGACACUCGGGAUGGAUGCCGUGUCCAGAGGACUUGUUUCUACAAGCUGCGCCGAGCCAAGCUUUGACUUUGGGGGCGUGCGAAUGGGGAUAUCUUCUGAAUCGGCCGAGACUUCACCAAUUUUGAGGCGAACAAUCUCGUCAGCGAGGUCCCAUUCGGCUGAUUCAGCCUGGGAGUCCACCAAUUGGCCAUUAUUGUUGAAUCGCCAUCUGGGAUUCGCGGUGGUUGGAUCGGAAGUCAUGGUAGGGUCGUUAUGGGCAGACAUGAGGAUGGGGCGGAUUGAAAGAGAGAUUUUAGAAACGAGGCCGGGUAGAUGGAUUGGUUGGUCACCAAGAGGCCUAUUCUGUGGAGAUGACGAAUGCAAC